AUGGCGACGGCGGGGAGCCGGACCUCGUCGUCGGGAAUAUCCGAGUCGAAUAACGGCAUAAAUGUUGGAAGCGCUUCUCAGGGCAAUUCAGGUUCCCCUGGUCUUCCUAGCAGUCCCGGCACGGCGAAGAGCAGGAGCGGGGAAAACGCGCAAUGGAGACGUAAAGACCUGCGGAAAGUGAGAAGUGUGGAUCUGGAUAAACCUGAGUCGCUGCUCCUAUCGCCAGAGACCGGGACGCCUCCGAUAUCAGCGCAGCUGCACUUCUUGUCCGUUUCAUCGCCUGGUGCAGUUCCGGCGACCCUGCUGCAACAAUCUCGCCACAUUCAACAGAGCAACUCAAUAACCGAUCACCCGCUUUCAGACAAUACGAGUAAUAGUUUAUCUAUAGCCGCUCAGGAAUUGUUGAAUACUUUUAAAAACAGCAGCGACCAUCUCGGUGUCGAUUAUGGUGCCAGCGGAACUUCUGUGGAAGUAAUCGCCACACAAAAUAGCCGUGAGAUGGACAGCAAGGACACCCUGCGGGGCCUGCAGAAGAUGGAGGACCGUCCGGAGGAGCGGAUGAUCCGGGAGAAGCUGAAGGCCACCUGCAUGCCCACCUGGAAGCAUGAGUGGCUGGAGCGGCGCAACCGGAGGGGCCCUGUGGUGGUGAAGCCCAUCCCCCUAAGGCCAGAUGGGAGCGAGGCGGGCCGGCAGGGGGGCGAGCCCGGGGGAGACCCGCAGACGCCCACUUCCCCCCAGUCCCGCGGCCGGCGAAGCCCCUCCCCUGGCCCCUCCUCUUCCUCGUCUUCCUCUGGCAAGACCGGCGGGAAGCCCGAGUCUCCGGGGGUGCGCAGGAAGAGGGCGUCCCCAGUUCCGUUUCAGAGCGGGCGAGUCACCCCGCCUCGACGUGCGCCCUCCCCGGACGGCUUCUCCCCCUACAGUCCCGAAGAGACCAACCGCAGGGUGAACAAAGUCAUGAGGGCCCGCCUCUACCUGCUGCAGCAGAUAGGGCCCAACUCCUUCCUGAUUGGAGGAGACAGCCCUGACAACAAAUACAGGGUGUUCAUUGGGCCGCAGACUUGCAGCUGUGGCAGAGGCACCUUCUGUAUCCACGUCCUCUUCGUCAUGCUGAGAGUUUUCCAGCUGGAGCCCUCUGACCCCCUGCUCUGGAGAAAAACCCUCAAGAACUUUGAGGUGGAGAGCUUGUUUCAGAAGUACCACAAUCGCCGCAGCUCACGAAUCAAAGCUCCCUCUCGCAACACCAUUCAGAAGUUUGUCUCGCGCAUGUCCAACUCUCACACAUCCUGUGCGUCCAGCACCUCCUCCUCCAGCAAUGAGAACAGCAGCAUGAAGGAUGAGGAGGAGCAGAUGUGUCCGAUCUGUCUGCUGGACAUGCUGGACGAGGAGAGUCUGACCGUGUGCGAGGAGGGCUGCAGGAAUAAGCUGCACCACCACUGCAUGUCCAUCUGGGCGGAGGAGUGCAGGAGAAACCAGGAGACCUUAAUCUGCCCCCUCUGCAGAGCCAAGUGGAAGUCACAUGACUUUUACAGCCAUGAGCCAGCCACACCGGCAGACAGUGCAGUGGGUCGUUCCCAGAACCAGGCAUCGUCACAAAUCGAGGGACCGAGACCAGCGCAGGAGGGUGACUUCACCCUCCCCCACUAUGGGGUCCAGCAAAUCCCCCAGACCUACAAGGAGCUGGCUGAGCCCUGGAUCAAGGUGUUUGGGAUGGAGCUGGUGGGGUGCCUCUUCUCCAGGAACUGGAACAUCCGGGAGAUGGCCCUGCGGAGGUUGUCCCAUGACGUGAGCGGGGCGCUGCUGCUGGCCAAUGGAGAGCGCUCCUGUCUCGGGGCGGGGCUAGGGGCGGCAGCAGGCAGCCGGGAGGCGUCCGGGGAUGUGGUGGUGGAGUCCUGCUGCAGUGUCCUGUCCAUGGUCUGCGCAGACCCCGUCUACAAAGUCUACGUGGCUGCGCUGAAAACGUUGCGGGCCAUGCUGGUGUACACGCCCUGCCACACGAUUGCCGAGCGGACGCGUCUGCAGCAGCUGCUCCGGCCCGUGGUGGAGACCAUACUCGUCAAGUGUGCGGACGCUAACAGUCGCACCAGCCAGCUGUCUGUGUCCACCCUACUGGAACUAUGUAAGGGGCAGGUUGGAGAGCUCGCAGUGGGCAGGGAGAUCCUCAAAGCAGGGUCUAUUGGUAUCGGCGGGGUGGACUACGUCCUGAACUGCAUUCUGGGAUCUCAGACGGAGGCCACCAACUGGCAGGCCCUGCUGGGACGCCUGUGCCUCAUCGACCGCCUCCUGCUGGAGUUUCCCGCCGAGUUCUACCCCCACAUCGUCUCCAGCGGGGACUGCCACCAGUCCCAAACUCUGGUCGAGAGGUAUCAGAAACUGAUGCCCCUCCUGAGUUUUGCACUGCAGUCCAUAGACAACUCCCACUCCAUGGUGGGCAAGCUGUCACGGCGCGUGUUCCUGAGUGCCGCCCGCAUGGUGGCCCGGGUGCCCCACGUCUUCGUCAAACUGCUGGACAUGCUGAGCGUCACCAGCUCCACGCACUACGCGCGUAUGCGGCGCCGCCUGCUGGCCAUCGCAGAGGAGAUGGACAUCCUGGAGGCCAUCCACCUGGGCCUGGAGGACAUGCACGUCGGGGAGGGGCAGCGCGAGGACUUCCUGGAGCCCUCCGCCCCCAACAACUCGCCCAGCGGCACCGAGAACAACACCCCCACGCCCACCGUGCAACUGCCCGGGAAGGCGGCCCGCACGCACGGCCACGCCAAGCCCGGCGGCAGCCCCGAGGACGUUACGGAGCGGCUGGCGGCCGUCGCGCCCGGGCCCCCGCCCCCGGGGCCGCUCCCCGAAAUCCCAAAGCCCCCGGUUCAGGCCCGGAGCAGGCCGCUGAGUCAGUGUCUGAACUCGCCUUCCUCUUCCAGCCACCCUCAGACCCUCCCCUCCCCCUCCGGGUCCCACCCCUCUCCGUUCCCCGGGCCGGACAGCCCCAAGACCCGGCCCCAGGGGUUCGCCCCCGGCAAGCUCGCUGCCUCCUCCCCCGGAGCCCAGCGAAAGUUCCCCCUGCAGAAAGCCGCCGGUGCCGGCAAAGACUGCGAGAAGCUGUCGCCCGUCUUCACCCAGGCCCGCCCCCUCCCCAGCAGCCAGAUCCACAGACCAAAACCUUCCCGGCCCUCCCCCGGCGAGGGGCAGGGCAAGGCAGUCUGUCAGGCGACCAAGAGCAGCAUGAAGCUGGACCUGCCCGACGUCCCGCACUGCGACAGCGCCUGCGGCCGGACGGGGGGCACGGCCCUCAUCCCCAGCGAGGACACGGUCUUCACCCCCGUGGAGGACAAGUUCCGCGGCCUGGACGCCUCGGCCGAGCUCAACUCCAGCAUGGAGGACCUCCUCGAGGGCUCGGUCCCCGCCGGUGACAGCACCGUCACCUUCAAGUCGGAGGUGGCCGUGCUGUCCCCGGAGCAGGCCGGCGCCGAGGACGGCACCUACACCGACGACGUCACCCAGAACCAGAAGUGCAAGGAGAAGAUGGAGGCCGAGGAGGAGGAGGCGCUGGCCAUCGUCAUGGCGAUGUCAGAGUCGCAGGACGCCCUGCCCGCCAUCCCCCAGCUGCAGGUGGACAAGGGAGACGAUGUCAUCAUCAUCCAGGUGGAUACCCCAGAGACUCUACCUGGCCAUACCAAAGCAAAGCAGCCCUACAGGGAAGGGGUGGAGUGGUUGAAGGGCCAGCAGAUCGGCCUCGGCGCAUUCUCAUCUUGCUACCAGGCCCAGGACGUGGGCACCGGCACACUGAUGGCCGUCAAGCAGGUGACCUACGUGCGGAACACGUCGUCGGAGCAGGAGGAGGUGGUGGAGGCCUUGCGGGAGGAGAUCCGAAUGAUGGGCCACCUGAACCACCCCAACAUCAUCCGCAUGCUGGGCGCCACCUGCGAGAAGAACAACUACAACCUGUUUGUGGAGUGGAUGGCAGGUGGCUCUGUGUCCCAUCUGCUGAACAAGUACGGGGCGUUCAAGGAGGCCGUGAUCAUCAACUACACGGAGCAGCUGCUGCGGGGCCUGGCCUACCUCCAUGAGAACCAGAUCAUCCACAGAGACAUCAAAGGUGCCAACCUGUUGAUUGACAGCACAGGGCAGAGGCUGAGGAUAGCGGACUUCGGAGCAGCUGCCAGGCUGGCCUCCAAGGGCACGGGCGCGGGGGAGUUUCAGGGGCAGCUCCUGGGCACCAUCGCCUUCAUGGCCCCCGAGGUGCUCAGGGGACAGCAGUAUGGCCGCAGCUGUGACGUGUGGAGCGUGGGUUGUGCCAUCAUCGAGAUGUCCUGCGCCAAGCCACCCUGGAAUGCGGAGAAACACUCCAACCACCUGGCUCUCAUAUUCAAGAUCGCCAGCGCCACGACGGCACCGACAAUCCCGGCACACCUCUCCCCCGGCCUGCGGGACGUGACCCUGCGCUGCCUGGAGCUGCAGCCCACGGACCGCCCCCCGUCCCGCGAACUCCUCAAGCACCCCGUCUUCCGCCUCAAUUGGUAGACCUCGCGUCGCACUUCCGCAUCGACAUACUACUGAGGGCCCCCCGCGGGCCCGCCUGCUCGCGCCAUAGAGCGUUUCCUCAGCGUCAGGCAAGGCACACGACACCCGACGACAAGUGUAGGGCCCGUCUUAGGCCCGUGUGUCCUCAUGCAAUGGCCACAAACUGCUGUACCUUAGCACAUAAUGCAACACGAGUCACAGGUUUUUGCUUCUAAAUGGUGCCUUUUUUAGAAGUGCGAUGCUGGUCCUCUUUUGACCAGCUUUAAUUAUAGUCCUGUCUUUUUGUUUUUAAUCGACUACAAUGUUUUGCUCUGUAAAGGCAGUUCUGUGGUAAACGGUUAUUUGCUCAGCACUUUUGUAGCCAUUUUCAGUGCAGCGAGGUUUGAAUAAGAUUUCUAUUUUGCAAAACCCCGCAUGUCAAAAAUAAAAAGAAUAAAUAAAUAAAAAGGCAAACAUUUGACAAUGGAAUAAGAUACUUAUAUUACUGCUUUGGAUAUAACGUCUUGUUGUAUGUUCCAGAGUACGUCAGUGUCAAUCAUUGUCAAAAAUCUGUUAUGCCUAGAAGAGGAGUUAAAUGGCUCUAUUUUUUUAAUCAGUUGAUUUUUGUGUAUGCCACGUUUCUACAUGCAAGUAUAUAAAGAUGCCUCCGAUUUGUGCAUUUUACUGUUGGGCCAUUUAACUUGGUUUAGUUAUCAGAAAGAUAUUUUAAGUGUUUCAGGGAAAGGUGAAAUCUAACAGAAACAUUGCUAGUAGACACAAUGCUGAAUGUGAACACAUGAUACCGGUAUUUCAAAGAUUCAUCUGGAUGUCUUUUUUUAUCAUGAAAAUCCCAUACAUAUAUAUAUAUAUAUAAAACUUGGUUGUGUGUGUAACUGAGAUCAAGUCAAACCUAACCAUUGAUUUUGCGACCUUUUUAAUGUGUUUCUAAGAGGUUUCUGGUGAAGGUUUUGAAAUCAGAUCACAGUAAACAUCCUACUGGUUUCUCACUGUUUGAGCCUUUCAGAUCUAAGGAAAAUGUGUCAUUUAGCCGUUGUCAUUUCAUUAUCUUUCAAAUCAAGCUGUGUUAUAUUUCAUUGGAGAGGAAUAUUUCUCCCGCUGUUGAUUAUUAAUCUGCCUUCUUCUUUUGGUGCUGUUCCUUCAUACAUUGUAAUAGUAAAUUGUCAAUUCCUUUUGAUUUAGGAAGUAUAUAUUUUUAAAAAAAAGAGGAUAAAUGUAAUGAGAUUUUAUACAUCUUUUCCACCAGGGAUUUUCCAUGUAGUAAUAUUUCAAUGCUGUACAAUUUAUUUCGGUGGAGGGAUGCAUUGCAAAAUUUCUGGACAAGUGGCAGAUUUUUCUUUCAAUGAGCGUUUUUUUGUAAGAAUUCUAGAGCAUGUUCCUAAAUCAUUGUAAUUGUAUGAACUGUAAGAAUUGUAACUCUUCAAGUAUUGUUGUUCUGGCUAUAAUGAGUCAAGAAAAGUAAAACAGAGAAAAUGGUUGCUAAUCUCUGUUAAAUGUGAAAUACGAACAAAAAUAUAUAUUUUUAAACAGAAUACGCAAGUUUAUUGCUAUCUUUUUCAUUUGGAAUCCCAGACACAGAAAUGAUUGGACGUGGGAGGUCAAUGCUGACAUUGUGACAAUUUCAGAAAGAAAAUUUAAACAAAAUUGAAACUUUAUUUAAUACAAAGCUCUAUUUCUUUAUGUGGAGUGCAAGCUUGACAAAGCUUGAAGAGUUAAAAUGUAAAUAAAUGUGAAGUUUGGUAGCUAAAUUUAUUGUACUUGACCUGUAUUUUUA